AAUUUAAAUAGUCUGCAAGUUCUUUGAUGUGAUUCUUUAUUCCUACAAACAUUACUUCGUGUUGACACGAGAAUAUUUUUUGAAAUGGAGUAUGAAACUUCAUAUGAUAUGGGUUUGAAGCCUUUCAAUCAUGACAAGAACCGUGGAAAAUGGGCCUCAUCGAAGGAUUUCAUUUUUGCAUGCGCUGGGCAUGCAUUUAAAGCAGACACUAUGAUGGUAUUGCCGUAUUUUAUAUUCGAAGAAGUUGGAAUCUUUGCCUUGAUACCGUACUUUGUAAUUUUGGCAGUUUGCGUAGUUCCAAUUGUGUUUAUGCAAUCCUUUCUCGGUCAAUUUUCUAGCACUGGUUUUAUAUCAGUUUUUCGAAUAUCUCCUUUAUUCAAAGGCAUUGGCUAUGUUUCACUUGUAGUUAACUUUUUAACUUUAACUUACUACAGCAUUUUUAGUGCAAUACCACUAUUUUAUUUUUUUCAUUCCUUGAGACCAACAAUACCUUGGAGCUGUGAUGGAUUUGAAGAAUGGACAAAAAAUAUUACAAAUAGUAAAUCGAUUUGCCUGCCAGAAACUGCAGAAAAUUCAAAUUUAUAUUUAAUAACAAUGCCAUCUGUGGAUUUUUUACUGAAUCACUUGAACAUCACAGGCAAUGAAAGCCAAUUUGAUGAUUAUUCGUUUUCACUGCAACUAGCUAUCUGUACUUGUAUAAUUUGGGGAAUUGUAACUUAUGUUAUUUUAAAUUCAACAGAACUCAUAGGAAAAGUUAUAAGAUACUCUUUCAUUGGAAUGGUUGCCAUCAUGAUUCUUUGCUUAAUUCGAUUUUCAUUACUUCCGGGAGCAAUGCAAGGAUUUUGGCAAUUUGUAUUACCAGAAACAUAUCGUCUUUACUGGGAUACAUGGAUGUUUCUUCCAAGCAUGGUUUUGGCUACAUUAGGUCCUGGUUGGGGAUCAAUUCUAACCAUGGCAAGUUUUAAUAAUUUUAAAACAAAUAUUUUCACGUACAGUUGGGUGCUGUGUCUGGCUCAAUUUGGAUUAAUGAUUGGAAUGUCGUUUUUGUCAACUUUUAUGAAGUACUUUAUGGACACAAUCCGUCCAAAACCCAGAUUACAUUAUCCAUUUCGUAACAUUCAAUGGGCGCAAUUCUUAAGCAUUGGAACAGGUUUGACAUUUAUGGAGCUACCACAUUUUUGGUCUUUGCUAUUCUUUAGCAUGUUGAUCUUAGGUUCACUAAAUAUCCUGAUUGGAGUGUAUUUUUUAACUCUUCUUUCAAAAUAUGCAAUCGUCACUCAAGUGAUUUUGAAUUUUCUCCUGUUGUUGGUUGUUUUGUGGAUUUAUGGACGAGAACGAUUUCAACGUGAUUUGAAAUUUAUGACUUCACGAGUUUAUUCAACAUGGAUGGUGAAUAUUGUCCGAUUUGUUGCACCACUGAUUCUUCUUUGUGGAUUGUUUAUUGGAUUAUUGAUAUUCGUUGAAUUCGAUGAUGAUUCACCAACAAAUAUAGGAAUAUUGGAAACUGUUAUAUUUUUAUCCAUUUGUGUUGUAACUAAACUGUUGUGUGUUAUUUUAAUGGAGUAUGAAACAUCAUACGACACCGGUUCGAAGCCAUUUAAUCAUGAUAAACAUCGUGGCAAAUGGGAAUCUUCAAAAGAUUUCCUGUUUGCUUGUAUUGGACAUGCGUUUAAAUUAGAUACGGUGGCAGUAUUGCCAAUGGUGAUUAUCGAAACACUUGGAAUUUAUGCCUUGAUUCCGUACUUUAUUAUACUGUCUGUUUGUGUUGUUCCAAUUGUCUUCAUCCAAACAUUUCUUGGACAAUUUUCCAGCACUGGUUACAUAUCUGUUUUUCGGAUAGCUCCACUAUUCAAAGGUAUUGGUUUUGUUUCACUGACACUUAACUUUGUAACUCUAACAUAUUACAGUGCCUUCAGUGCACUACCAUUGUUAUAUUUUGUCCAUUCAAUGCGUCCAACAAUUCCAUGGAGCUGUGUAGGUGCCAAACAAUGGAUGAAUAUAAAUGAAACGAUUUGCGAUAAGGAUGAAUCUGACUUAGAGAAAGUUCCUUCAGUUGAAUUUUUCAGGCACAAUUUUAACUUUAGAAAGACAACUAACGGUACAACUUUUUCAUUUCAACUAAUGAUUUACACUGCCAUUAUUUGGGUGAUUGCAACUUUAAUACUUUUAAAAUCUACCGAAUUCAUAGGCCGAUUUAUGCGAUAUUCAUUUAUCAUUAUCACAACAGUUAUGGGCUUGUGUUUGCUUCGAUUUAUUUUUCUUCCUGGAGCAUUCGAUGCACUGUGGAGAGUUUUAGAUCCUUUUUCCAAUAGAAGAAGUUCAAGCAUGGAAUAUUCGAUAUUUAUUCCAUUACUUGUUUUCUCAACAUUGGGUCCAGGAUGGGGUUCAAUUCUAACGAUGGCAAGCUUUAAUGAUUUUAAGACUAAUAUCUAUAGAUUCAGUUGGUUAAUGUGUCUGGGUCAUCUUGGAGUUAUAACUGGAAUGGGACUUAUAGGAACUAUACUUAUGAAUGUUUUGCGAAAUUUUGGGACAAGAAGUAGAACUAUAAGACCUUUACCCAACUGGACGCAAUUUCUAAGGACUCCGACAAGUUUGACAUUUAUGGAAUUACCAAACUUUUGGUCUAUGUUAUUCUUUGGGAUGUUUGUUUUGGGAUCUUUGAAUCUUUUGAUAAUUCAACUUCUAUCUCUAUUCACGUCGAUUUUUGAUGAAUUUGAAAACCUCAGAGAAAUUAAAAGGCACUUUGUUCUGGGAACUGUUGCAGUCUUAGGGUUAAUUUCUAUGUUAUUCUGUUCAAACGUAAGUAUGACAUUUUUUUUUGCAAAAUACGAUAAAGUUACUUAUUUUUCUUCACAGCACGGAAUGUAUUUAUUUGAAGUACUAUCAAAGCUUUCAAUCCUGAUGCAAGUAAUCCUGAAUCUGUUCCUGCUGCUGGUUGUUCUUUGGGUCUAUGGCCGAGAACGAUUUCAACGUGAUUUGAAUUUUAUGACGUCACAAAUAUAUUCAACUUGGAUGGUUUAUGUUGUUCGAUUUGUUGCACCGAUUUUUCUAUUUAUUGGAUUUUGUAUUGCAUUCUUUUGGUUAGUUGUGUCUUUGAUAUUCCAUCGAGAUACACCAUCAUCAUAUCCAAUCUUACUUAUAAGUGCUAUUUUAUUUUCCUUACUGACAUGGUGCCUGAUUCCGAGUUAUUGUAUUUAUAAAACAACUCAAACACUUGGAUCGAUUUGUGUACGCUUGAAAAGAAGUGUGAGACCAACUGAUUGGUAUCCUGCGGAUCCCAUUGAUAAACAGAAUUAUGAGGAGCGUUUUAGUAGUACAGAUACUGCGCAUCCACUGACAGUUUUGGAGGAGGAAAUUUAAAUUAGAAAAUUGCAGUUCCUACAUUUAUUGAAUUUUAUAAUACUCGU